AUGGACUCCCGCUUGUAAAAUGAAAAUGAACUUUAUUCUGUCCUUCACGGAGCAGGUAUCGAAGAUAGAAGGCACCUUCCUCCUGUAGAGAAUGGACGCAGAGAGUUAGUUAUGGCUCACGUUAUUUUUCGUCAUGGAGCCCGUCACUCAAUGAGCGAACAUCUCCUUGAAGAGAAGCAAAACCAUAAAAUAAAGGCCAGCAACAAAGGCCAGCUUUCUGAAGUUGGUAUGCGUUAACUUUACUUGUUAGGACAAGGAAUUAGACACGAUUACGUCUACACUUAGAAUUUUUUAAGCGAAACAUACGAUCGUUCUGAAAUUCAUGUAUAAUCUUCUAAUCGUACUCGUGCAUUAGAGAGCGCUUAGUGCUUCAUGUUCGGACUCUAUCCUUUGGGAACAGGUAAAUCUAUCCCAUCCCACAUUGACAAGAAUCUUGCUUAACCUCCUAACACUACUUAAAGAAAGACUAGCAUUGACACACUUGAUGGAAAACACUAAUACCCUCAAAACAAAAAAAACAGUGAGGAGUUAUCAACAAGAAGUUCUAAGAAGAAUAGUGAUGAAUUACCCAAAAUGAAAAAGAAAAAUUCCAAAGAUUCUAUUGAACUGAAUCAAUCUCUCCACGAAUCCUCCAAUCACUCAUCUCCUAAAGAUCAACCAUUGGAUGGAUUUAAAGGACUGGAACUUGAAAUUCAAUAGUUUCUGAGACGUCCUAGCAAAGAAGAAAUUAUCAUAUCUAUCGCUGAAAAUCCUCCUAACAUCCAUGAUGAUCCAUAAUUCAAGAAUGACUUUUCACUUCCAGAAGGACUUUAUCCUUUCCCAAUUUUAACAUUAGGUGACCACGAUUAGGUCUUAAAUGCUUACAUUCCAGAAAAGACUAAAAUAAUUAGCUCUCAACUUAAAAGCAACGAGCAUUUGAUCUAAGAACAAAUUCAAAAAUAUAGCGAACAAAUUGCAGCAAUUUCAAAAAAACUUCACUUAAAACCCUAAAGCAACAACAACAUUUUAAGCGUGAAAAAACUUUUCGAUAUCAUAACCUGCUAAAAAUACUUAGGUCAUGACUAUGGAGUGACAGAAGAUGAAUAUAAGCUCCUAAUUUAUUUAAAAUCUUACAACUGUUUAUGCGAAGUUUACACUCCUCAAUAUAGUUGGGUAGUUACAACUCCUUACUUAGAAUUCGUUUUUGAUAGUUUUGAGAAAUGUCUUUAGGGUACAAAUCCUCAUAAACUUAUUGUAUGCUCUUCUCAUAAUUGCUUAAUUCUCCCUCUUCUUGUAGUCUUUGGUCUCAUGUCCCCUGAAGGUCUCAAGAGAGACUUUGAAAAUAACGAAAACAACUUUGAGCGUUAUCCCCCAUUUGCAGCAAACUUCGCCUUUGAAUUAUACAAAAUCCAUUCAAAUGACCCCACUAAGCCACCCAGAUAUGAAGUAAGCAUAAAAUACAAUGGAACUUAUAUCACCCUAAUGGGUCAAAAAACUAUUAAUGCAGAUUUCAACGAGUAUUUGAAAUACAUAAGAUCCAAAGUCUCAAAUGACAAAAAUUACUAAAUUUUCACUGGUAUUCAAAAGAAAAGCCCUGCAAUCGGUAGAGCAGCAAAAAAUAAAAACAAACAAGAUUAAAAGUAGGGCUACAACCUUUAACUUAAUCUUACCAAAACUAAUAUCUUCCUACUUGGCCUUGUAGUAGCUCAAAGCAUUGGCUUGUAUACAAUGUAUAAACUAUAUAAAAAUAAAACAGUAUGA